GGCGUCUUUUUUCCGUAAAAAAAUUUUCAAGUGGGCAAGUCGCGUUCGAAGAGUAAUUCCCAGAAACCUUUACGCUCCGGUUCGCUCGUUGCAACAAUCAUUCCCAUCGCGUCAGAGAGAAACCCAGUGCCCAGAGCAUUUCGCAAGCGCAGCUAACAAACGCAGAAAAAUCGAUUGAACAGAAAUGGCUGGCGGUAAAGCAGGCAAGGAUUCCGGAAAGGCCAAGGCGAAGGCGGUAUCGCGAUCGGCGCGCGCGGGUCUCCAGUUUCCCGUGGGUCGUAUCCACCGACACCUGAAAAGCCGCACCACAUCCCACGGACGCGUCGGAGCCACCGCAGCCGUCUACUCCGCAGCCAUAUUGGAAUACUUGACCGCCGAGGUUCUAGAGUUGGCAGGCAACGCAUCAAAGGAUCUGAAGGUGAAACGUAUAACGCCGCGCCACUUACAGUUAGCCAUUCGCGGAGACGAGGAGCUGGACAGCCUGAUCAAGGCAACCAUUGCCGGCGGUGGUGUCAUCCCGCACAUACACAAGUCGCUGAUCGGGAAGAAAGAGGACACCGUGCAGGACCCACAGCGGAAGGGCAACGUCAUCCUGUCGCAGGCCUACUAAGCAAUCCAGCAUUUGCACGCCUUCAAAACAUGCGAAAUUAAUUUUUAAUUCAGAUUUCAGAAGAGACAAGCUAACAAACCGACGAGUUGUAAUCAUUUCUGUGCGACAGCACAUACUUCUUAUAUACAACGUAAUGCAUAACUAUGUAAUUCUAGCAUCCCCCAACACUCACAAGCAUAUACAACAUACAAAAAAAACACACACAAAACGUAUUUACCCGCACACGUUCUUGGCGAGGUUAAGUAUGAAACAAAAACAAAACUUAAUUUAGAGCAAAGUAAUUACACGAAUAAAUUUAAUAAAAACUAUAAUAAAAACGCCAAUCCUGUUAUUUCCAAAA